AUGAAGGAAUCCAGUUGCAAUCCACCACGCAUUUACGGAUUACCGAAAAUACAUAAGGACAACCGACCCCUCCGGCCGGUGGUAUCCACGAUUGGAUCGGCGACAUAUAACAUUGCCAGGUAUUUUGCCGGAAUAAUUGCCAAGGUGGUAGGAAAAACGGAUUACCACGUCCGUAAUAGUUUUGAUUUUGCCAAGGAGAUAACAGAAGUCCAGACGAGUGAAGGAGAAGUGCUGUUUUCAUUGGACGUGGUCUCCCUAUAUACCAACGUACCAGUGGACUACGCAUUGGGAUGCUUGGAGGAAAGAUGGGGAGAAGUGGAACACCAUACGAAGAUCGACAAGGAGAGCUUCGUCGAAGCAGUGAAAAUAGUGCUUGAGUCAUCCUUCUUCGUGUAUCAGGGAACCAUGUACGGACAGACCUUCGGUGUACCCAUGGGCUCGCCGUUAUCACCAGUGAUUGCCAACGUAGUCAUGGAAAAACUAGAACAGGAGUGCAUAAGAAAACUGGAGGCCAAUCAAAUACAAAUGAAAUUGUACAAGCGGUACGUAGACGAUUGCAUGUGUGUGGCAGGUGUUGAACACAUUCAGAUGAUCGUAGACACGUUCAACAGUUUUCACGAUCGUUUGCAGUUCACGGUGGAAAUGAAGAUGGGGGGUAAAAUUAAAUUCCUAGACAUGACACUAGAGCGCGAAAACAAUCGAAUCAUGACAGCAUGGCUACCCAAACAGCAAAAUGGACGGUAUCUAGACUAUACAUCCAAGAGCCCCUUCCAACACAAACAUAAUACGGCGAUCACACUUUUUGAUCGGGCUAUAAAAUUGUCUUGUGGAGGAAAACGAAGGGAGGCUCUCAACCAUGCAAGUGAGAUUUUGAGGAAAAAUAACUAUCCAUCAUGGUUUACCGAUAGAGUAAAAAGGACAGAAUACACAAACACUAUAACACAUUGGAAACACAAAACAGAACAACAGCCACCAAAAUACACAAAACAGCCACCAAAAUACAUAUCAGCCCCCUACAUACCGUGUCUAAGCGAGAAAAUUAGGAAAAUAUUGCUACGUCAUGAUAUGACUCUAACCUCACGACCGCAAAACAAGAUCAAACAUAAAAUCUUUAGUAAAAUGGAAGAUCAAAUACCACCAGGCAGACAGAAGAACGUGGUGUACUCCAUACCAUGUGGAACGAACGACGGUAAAACGUACAUCGGUCAGACGAAACGCAUGCUGUAG